AUGGCCGACAGCGAGCCCCAAGGCCCGUUUGAGGGGCCGGAGAAACUGCUUGAAAUUUGGUUUGCGCCCUCCCCCGCAGACUGCCCUCAACCGCGCGACAGCGCGGAUGGCAAGACUGGGCUUCGCACCGUUCCCCGCGCCGUUUGGGAAGAGAUGCUUGACAUCGUCAAGUGCAAAAUACUAUCCGUAGUCGAGGGCACGGAGCUUGACGCGUAUUUGCUCAGUGAAUCUUCGUUCUUCGUCUCCCCUCACCGACUUAUCCUCAAGACGUGCGGCACGACGCUCAACCUUCUCGGUCUUCCCCGAAUCCUCGAGAUCGCUCGUGAGCACGCCGGCUUUCCGUCCGUGUACCGCCUUUUCUACUCGCGCAAGGCGUUCAUGUUCCCUGAGCGCCAAAUCGGGCCCCAUCGCGAGUGGACGACGGAGAUCGAGUUCCUCGACAACCUCUUCCCGAACGGCUCCGCGUACACCGUCGGAAAAGUCAACGGCGACCACUGCGCCUCCGCCCGAGGAGGCGACCACAUCCACACCCGCACCGGAAAACGCAAACGCGGACGACGCGCUCGCCUCGGACUACACCAUCGAGAUCCUGAUGACGAACCUAUCCCGGAAGGCAGCGCGCCGUUCUUCUUCAGCGAGCCCGCGGAGGGCUCCGCCGGCGCGCGCGCGGACGGCCUCGCGCUCUCCGCCGCGCUCGGAAUCAGCGACAUCUUCCCGGCGCACAUGACGACUCUCGACGCGUACGCGUUCGCGCCGUGCGGCUACUCCUGCAACGCGCUCCUCAAGUGGCGGCCGGACGCUCCCGCGGCGGGCGCGUCCGCGGAGGGUCCUGGGGAAGGCUACUACACGAUCCAUGUCACGCCCGAGGCGGGCUGGUCGUACGCGAGCUUCGAGUGCAACGUGCCGCUGCCCGCGGCGCCGACGGACCGGCCGACGCGCGUCCCGGACCUGCGCACGCUCGUCCGCCGCGUCGUCGACAUCUUCCGCCCCGGCCGGCUCACCCUCACGCUCUUCAUCUCGAGCGACGCCGCCGAGGGCGAGGACGGGCGCGCGGUGGAGGCGGCGCAGCGCGCGUUCCGGAGCGCGCUCACCCUCCCCGCGGCGAGUGGCGCGGGCGCGGGCGCGGGGGAGGGGCGCGGGUCCGCGGGCCUCUACAAGCGGACGGACAAGAUCAACUACGAGUUCGGCGGGUACGACCUCGCGUUCGCGAGCUUCGAGCUGCGCGAUGCCCCGCCCCCGCCCGCGACCGCGCCGCCGGUCUGA